AUGAUACUAAGUGAGAGUAUUGCUUCUGAGUCAGGUAGCCAGACUGAGGGGAUAAGGUUAGAUUCACCUCUGGAUCUGGAGACAUCGUUGUAUAUGAACGGUGUAUCAGACAGCAGUGUGUUGGGCAGCACAGAGGGGCAGGAGGGCUUUAAUCCAUUCAGUUCUAAUUUGAGAGGUUCGUCAUGUACAUCCCAUCUAACUGUCACUCCUAUCACAGAAUAACCACACCAUCAGGCCCUCCUCCCAGCCACCAUGACAGACGAAUGGUCCACCUCUCAGUCCUCACCUCCUAAUACAAUCUCCCCAAGCAGACAGGAGUGGGUGGAUGUAUUGCCCACCACGUUCAGCUUGGUCUCUCUCAGCUCUGACCUCCUGUCUGAGACAGCCUUGCCAGAGAAGCUUCAUAUCACAAAGGUUACUGAAUGGGAAAGUACAGAUGGGAUGGAGAGACACUCGGCUCCAGAGGAAGGAGAGGAAGUCCACAUGUCACCCGUAAGUGGCUCUUCCUCCUCUCCAUCUCUGAUCUCUCUCUUCUGCCCCAGCACACAGAGCAACCUGUCUGUAUCCCAGCUUGGACACCACGGGACCUUACACAACUAUCAUGAUGGAUCUGAAUAUGUCUCCCAGACCAGCCAUCUCCUCUCCUCCUCCAUGCUAGCCCCCUCUCCCUCUCCGGCCCUGCCAACGCCACACAUCAGCAGCACAUCGUCAGAAUAUGGCAGCGUCGUAACCCAUGAGCCCCAGUGGCAGGCAUAUAUGCAUGAAUUAGGCUGGCCACAGCCGGUCAGCGGUCUUGGCAGUGUGAUUCACACAGACACACACACCUCAGUGUCUGAGGGACUCUCCACCGUGACCUCCAGGUCCGACCAGCUCAUGUCAGAUGCUUCUGAAUCUCCCUUAUUCCACAGGCCGAUGACAACAAACCCUCCUCGUAUUGGAGAGGAGAGGCUACCCCCACCUUCACCCCUCUGAGAGUGAAAUUUUCUGCUGGAGCGACCAACACGGUGGAUUCAGGAGCUGGCGCCUCCAUGCCCACCCGACCAAUGGCUGCAUUCCAGCAAUCCUCUACGCUCACUGGCAGCCAAUCAGAGCCCACUCAGCCUGCUGGAACUGAUGGAACACUGGCCUGGCCUAGAGAGCACAGAGAGAGCACAGCAUCGCCCGCUUCCCCAAACACACAGCUCACUGCUGUUGCCUCUGGUAACCUCACCAUUAGUGCUGCAAUUAUACAGCCCACUGCUGUUACCACAAUUAUCCAGCCUCUUGCCCCAAACACACAGCCUGCCACAUACACACAACUCACCACUGCCAACAAACAGCUAACUGUUUUCCCAAAUAUCCAGUCCACCUAUACCCCCACCAGCCAGCCUCUUACGGCCCUAAACAUCUACCCUGCUGGGGCUGGCCCUGUAUCAGUCCCCUGGAGGGCCAACCACAGUGAGGACACACAGGGUGAUAGACAUGGACCGGCCCUCAUCGAACGCACAUCCUCCACUGCUGCAAGCAUGUCAGUAAGCAGCUUGGGCCCUGGCAAUAAUGUGACUGUGAAUCAGAGCACCGUCACAGACAGAGAGACAGCGAGACAGACAACUCCCAUGCCACUAGCCAUCAUUGACAUGGAUCAGCAGUGUUUUGUUCCUACAGAGAGCCCCUCCUUUCCUCUUACCACUCCACAUAGAGUGGUGAAUGCAGGCAGUGGCACGGUGUCCACCACACACGCCAUCGCACGGACCUCAGCGAGCACCACGGGCACCCCUGUUCUCGCCCCAUGCCAUUGUAAAGCUCGCUUGAAUUGUUCAUGUCUGUGUGGACUUUCAACUGGGAACAGUAUGUUUUGCAAUAACAACUUAUAUGUAGAAACAAAAAGUGAGAGAGCCUCUUGAUCGCUGAAUCUCUGCUUUGAAUGCUAUUGUAGUAGUGGUGUGAUGAGGCUGAUAGAGGAAAACCAAAACUGGUGAAAAUCAGGCGUCCUGUUGGAGGUGGUUGAUGAUUGCGGUUGUGUUGUGAUUUUGUACGGGGCGUAGAACAUUAACAUUGGAGUGUACUGUAGGUGACCAAUCACUGAACUCUAGAAUGGCCUCUGCUCUGCUGAUGGGGCAGCUUUGACCAUCCCUCAUGGGGCUCAGCUCUCAUCUGGUGAUUUCAAGAUUUCAAUCAUACAUGUUUCUUGGGAGACAUCCAAUGCUGUUAUCAUUUGAUUUUAGAGCAAAGAACUGCUCCUCUAAAUGUAAUCUGUUAUUGCUCUACGAUAGAAAAUAUAAGAAAAAAGAACACUCUUGAUCAACAAAGAUAAAAAUAUAUAUAUAUAUCGUUUGGGUACUUCAGAACUUUCUGAGGUGGCCUACCACCUGAAUCUGCAAUUACUGGAGUCUCCUAAGAAAGGUUUUGAUAUGGAGUAGAAACAGCAUUGUACUGUAUCUAGAUCAGCACUAACAACAGGAGAGGAUUGGGAGCCAUCUUGUAAUGGCUGUGAGGCAUAGCAGCAGAUCACCAACACUGUCAAACAAAGUAAUGUAGUACACGGUACAUGCUCUCAUUUACAAUCAACAAUUUGGCCACUGAAUACAGAUCAGUCAUAUAAUGACAUGUACUAUAUCUAUUAGUUAUAUUUUGAUUACUGUCAUCUAGGAUGAUAACAAAGUAUUUUCAUUUAGCCUGUUCCUUAUGAACCCCCCCCCCCCCCCCCCCCCCACCCACAUUUCUUAUCCGUGGAGUAGCAGCCUGUCAACAUCAUUUGUCCUAUGAAAUUGCAUUUUACAUAACUCAAUUAUGUCACAACCCCUGCACUCCUGCACUGUUCCAUUGAAUGUUGUAAAUUAACUACGUCAAAUAUAGAUCGAUGUGUUUUCUUUUCAAUUCCAGAGGGUCUUUUCUACAGGAUCUCCUUUCUUGUCAAUGACAAGGAGGCCCAAGUAACAGAGUCUGAUGUUGAGAAAACUGUUGCACAAUGGGUAAGGCUUCUGGUCAUGUUAAAUUUAUCUUGUAUCAAAUCAUCAAUAGAAUACAAGAUGAAUUGAAUGAAUGACAUUUAUAUUUUAGUCAUUUAGCAGACGCUCUUAUCCAGAGCGACAUACAAUUAGUGCAUUCAUCUUAAGAUACAGUGGGGAGAACAAGUAUUUGAUACACUGCCGAUUUUGCAGGUUUUCCUACUUACAAAGCAUGUAGAGGUCUGUAAUUUUUAUCAUAGGUACACUUCAAUUGUGAGAGACGGAAUCUAAAACAAAAAUCCAGAAAAUCACAUUGUAUGAUUUUUAAGUAAUUAAUUUGCAUGUUAUUGCAUGACAUAAGUAUUUGAUACAUCAAAAAAGCAGAACUUUUUUAAUAUUUGGUACAGAAACCUUUGUUUGCAAUUACAGAGAUCAUACGUUUCCUGUAGGUCUUGACCAGGUUUGCACACACUGCAGCAGGGAUUUUGGCCCACUCCUCCAUACAGACCUUCUCCAGAUCCUUCAGGUUUCGGGGCUGUCGCUGGGCAAUACGGACUUUCAGCUCCCUCCAAAGAUUGUCUAUUGGGUUCAGGUCUGAAGACUGGCUAGGCCACUCCAGGACCUCCCCAAAGAAUGAUGUUUCCACCUCCAUGGUUCACGGUUCUGAUGGUGUUCUUGGGGUUGUACUCAUCCUUCUUCUUCCUCCAAACACGGCGAGUGGAGUUUAGACCAAAAAGCUCUAUUUUUGUCUCAUCAGACCACAUGACCUUCUCCCAUUCCUCCUCUGGAUCAUCCAGAUGGUCAUUGGCAAACUUCAGACGGGCCUGGACAUGCGCUGGCUUGAACAGGGGGACCUUGCUUGCACUGCAGGAUUUUAAUCCAUGACGGCGUAGUGUGUUACUAAUGGUUUUCUUUGAGACUGUGGUCCCAGCUCUCUUCAGGUCAUUGACCAGGUCCUGCCGUGUAGUUCUGGGCUGAUCCCUCACCUUCCUCAUGAUCAUUGAUGCCCCACGAGGUGAGAUCUGGCAUGGAGCCCCAGACCGAGGGUGAUUGACGGUCAUCUUGAACUUCUUCCAUCUUCUAAUAAUUGCGCCAACAGUUGUUGCCUUCUCACCAAGCUGCUUGCCUAUUGUCCUGUAGCCCAUCCCAGCCUUGUGCAGGUCUACAAUUUUAUCCCUGAUGUCCUUACACAGCUCUCUGGUCUUGGCCAUUGUGGAGAGGUUGGAGUCUGUUUGAUUGAGUGUGUGGACAGGUGUCUUUUAUACAGGUAACGAGUUCAAACAGGUGCAGUUAAUACAGGUAAUGAGUGGAGAACAGGAGGGCUUCUUAAAGAAAAACUAACAGGUCUGUGAGAGCCGGAAUUCUUACUGGUUGGUAGGUGAUCAAAUACUUAUGUCAUGCAAUAAAAUGCAAAUGAAUUACUUAAAAAUCAUACAAUGUGAUUUUCUGGAUUUUUGUUUUAGAUUCUGUCUCUCACAGUUGAAGUGUACCUAUGAUAAAAAUUACAGUCCUCUACAUGCUUUGUAAGUAGGAAAACCUGCAAAAUCGGCAGUGUAUCAAAUACUUGUUCUCCCCACUGUAGCUAGGUGAGAACUUGACUGAUUUACUUGUUCAUUUACAGCUCAAUCAAACAUUCCAAAACUGGACACACGCGGUCUAUGUCGCUAAUGUCAGGUAAGCAAUUAGAUCUUUGUACCAUCAUAAAAUGCAGCUCCAUGUCCAUUCUAUUUAUAGUUCUUUAGAACUGUAUUACAGGUCAAUAAUGAUGAUCCCCCUCCAUUUCCCUUUCAUCUCGUUCCCAGUAUCCAGCCUAACAGUGACUUACAGCUAGAGAGGAGUGUCAGUAAAAGGUGAGGACAAUAUUUAAUAUGGUAUACUGUAGUAGGUAGGGAGUUGUUCCUGACCACGUCACGUGACUAGGGAAAACUCUGGGCCCUUACAAGUCAACCGUAAUCAUAAAAGAAGAAUGGUAAUUCACUAGGUCUGCCUUUCCAUGUGAAUGAAGUAUCCUGCUACUCUUCUUCCCUCUUCCUUCUCCCCCCUCCAGAUAUACCUGCCUGGCCCUGCUGGUCUACAAGACCACCACCAACCUGACCCUUGGAGAAGCUGCCAUCUCCACCAGGAUGGGCAGAAGCGGCGCCAGCAUCGGCAACGGACUGGAGCUAAACACUGUCGCCGUGCAGUCUGUCGGUAGGACAUGAUCUCAACCAGACCCGUUUAAAUCACUUCAAUGCCUCCCUUCUUACUGCAGGAAGUGACUGGGGCAGCGAUCCUCGCCAAGAUCACAAAAACAUGACCCUCACACAGCCCAGAGAAUGAACCCAAUUUCACAGUGCACAGUCACACAUCGACUCUAAAGCACCUCCUAAUUAGAUUAGGUUUGAAAUGUGAAUUCCUCGAAGGUUUCUGAACUUAUUCUUGUAGUCAUUGGAUCUUAAUAUAUUGUAGUGUGCAGUGUAAAAAAUGUUCUGCUGCAUGGUUUUCUCUGUCAUUCAGAGAACUGCACGGGGGAAACUCCCCUCCAUUACAUCUGGCCAGAGAGCAGACCAACUGUCACUCAGUAUGUCCCCUGUUUCCUCAACAAAGACCAGAACGCAUCCAGAACAUGGUGAGACUGACACAUUCACUAUAUCAAACUAUGUCCUAUCUUUAUACAAACAAUCAGAAAAUUCAUUUUCAUUUUCAGGAAUAUUACAACACUAUUUUCCAGGGAUAUCAAUGGGAUUCAGUCUGCUUUUAAAAUAUCUAAGAACUUGACAUUACUGAUAUUCUGAUAAUGUACGCAUGAAUUUGUUGAGGUAAUUUACAGUGAGGGAAAAAAGUAUUUGAUCCCCUGCUGAUUUUGUACGUUUGCCCACUGACAAAUAAAUGAUCAGUCUAUAAUUUUAAUGGUAGGUUUAUUUGAACAGUGAGAGACAGAAUAACAACAACAAAAUCCAGAAAAACGCAUGUUAAAAAUGUUAUAAAUUGAUUUGCAUUUUAAUGAGGGAAAUAAGUAUUUGACCCCUUCUCAAUCAGAAAGAUUUCUGGCUCCCAGGUGUCUUUUAUACAGAUAACGAGCUGAGAUUAGGAGCACACUCUUAAAGGGAGUGCUCCCAAUCUCAGCUUGUUACCUGUAUAAAAGAACCUGUCCACAGAAGCAAUCAAUCAAUCAGAUUCCAAACUCUCCACCAUUGCCAAGACCAAAGAGCUCUCCAAGGAUGUCAGGGACAAGAUUGUAGACCUACACAAGGCUGGAAUGGGCUACAAGACCAUCGCCAAGCAGCUUGGUGAGAAGGUGACAACAGUUGGUGCAAAUGGAAGAAACACAAAAUAACUGUCAAUCUCCCUCGGCCUGGGGCUCCAUGCAAGAUCUCACCUCGUGGAGUUGCAAUGAUCAUGAGAACGGUGAGGAAUCAGCCCAGAACUACACGGGAGGAUCUUGUCAAUGAUCUCAAGGCAGCUGGGACCAUAGUCACCAAGAAAACAAUUGGUAACAUACUACGCCGUGAAGGACUGAAAUCCUGUAGCGCCCGCAAGGUCCCCCUGCUCAAGAAAGCACAUAUACAGUGGGGAGAACAAGUAUUUGAUACACUGACGAUUUUGCAGGUUUUCCUACUUACAAAGCAUAUAGAGAUCUGUAAUUUUUAUCAUAGGUACACUUCAACUGUGAGAGACGGAAUCUAAAACAACAAUCCAGAAAAUCACAUUGUAUGAUUUUUUAGUAAUUAAUUUGCAUUUUAUUGCAUAACAUAAGUAUUUGAUCACCUACCAACCAGUAAGAAUUCCGGCUCUCACAGACCUGUUAGUUUUUCUUUAAGAAGCCCUCCUGUUCUCUACCCAUUACCUGUAUUAACUGCACCUGUUUGAACUCGUUACCUGUAUAAAAGACACCUGUCCACACACUCAAUCAAACAGACUCCAACCUCUCCACAAUGGCCAAGACCAGAGAGCUGUGUAAGGACAUCAGGGAUACAAAUGUAGACCUGCACAAGGCUGGGAUGGGCUACAGGACAAUAGGCAAGCAGCUUGGUGAGAAGGCAACAACUGUUGGCGCAAUUAUUAGAAAAUGGAAGAAGUUCAAGAUGACCGUCAAUCACCCUCGGUCUGGGGCUCCAUGCAAGAUCUCACUUCGUGGGGCAUCAAUGACCAUGAUGAAGGUGAGGGAUCAGCCCAGAACUACACGGCAGGACCUGGUCAAUGACCUGAAGAGAGCUGGGACCACAGUCUCAAAGAAAACUAUUAGUAACACACUAUGCCAUCAUGGAUUAAAAUCCUGCAGCGCACGCAAGUCCCCCUGCUCAAGCCAGCGCAUGUCCAGGCCCAUCUGAAGUUUGCCAAUGACCAUCUGGAUGAUCCAGAGGAGGAAUGGGAGAAGGUCAUGUGGUCUGAUGAGACAAAAAUAGAGCUUUUUGGUCUAAACUCCACUCGCCGUGUUUGGAGGAAGAAGAAGGAUGAGUACAACCCCGAGAACACCAUCCCAACCGUGAAGCAUGGAGGUGGAAACAUCAUUCUUUGGGGAUGCUUUUCUGCAAAGGGGACAGGACAACUGCACCGUAUUGAGGGAAGGAUGGAUCGGGCCAUGUAUCGCGAGAUCUUGGCCAACAACCUCCUUCCCUCAGUAAGAGCAUUGCAGAUGGGUCGUGGCUGGGUCUUCCAGCAUGACAACGACCCGAAACACACAGCCAGGGCAACUAAGGAGUGGCUCCGUAAGAUGCAUCUCAAGGUCCUGGAGUGGCCUAGCGAGUCUCCAGACCUGAACCCAAUAGAAAAUCUUUGGAGGGAGCUGAAAGUCCGUAUUGCCCAGUGACAGCCCUGAAACCUGAAGGAUCUGGAGAAGGUCUGUAUGGAGGAGUGGGCCAAAAUCCCUGCUGCAGUGUGUGCAAACCUGGUCAAGACCUACAGGAAACUCUGUAAUUGCAAACAAAGGUUUCUGUACCAAAUAUUAAGUUCUGCUUUUCUGAUGUAUCAAAUACUUAUGUCAUGCAAUAAAAUGCAAAUUAAUUACUUAAAAAUCAUACAAUGUGAUUUUCUGGAUUUUUAAAAAUCAUACAAUGUGAUUUUUCUAGAUUCCGUCUAUCACAGUUGAAGUGUACCUAUGAUAAAAAUGACAGACCUCUACAUGCUUUGUAAGUAGGAAAACGUACAAAAUCGGCAGUGUAUCAAAUACUUGUUCUCCCCACUGUACAUGCCCGUCUGAAGUUUGCCAAUGAACAUCUGAAUGAUUCAGCGGAGAACUGGGUGAAAGUGUUGUGGUCAGAUGAGACCAAAAUGGAGCUCUUUGGCAUCAACUCAACUCGCCGUGUUUGGAGGAGGAGGAAUGCUGCCUAUGACCCCAAGAACACCAUCCCCACCGUCAAACAUGGAGGUGGAAACAUUAUGCUUUGGGGGUGUUUUUCUGCUAAGGGGACAGGACAACUUCACUGCAUCAAAGGGACGAUGGACAGGGCCAUGUACCGUCAAAUCUUGGGUGAGAACCUCCUUCCCUCAGCCAGGGCAUUGAAAAUGGGUCGUGGAUGGGUAUUCCAGCAUGACAAUGACCCAAAACACACGGCCAAGGCAACAAAGGAGUGGCUCAAGAAGAAGCACAUUAAGGUCCUGGAGUGGCCUAGCCAGUCUCCAGACCUUAAUCCCAUAGAAAAUCUGUGGAGGGAGCUGAAGGUUCGAGUUGCCAAAAGUCAGACUCGAAACCUUAAUGACUUGGAGAAGAUCUGCAAAGACGAGUGGAACAAAAUCCCUCCUGAAAUGUGUGCAAACCUGGUGGCCAACUACUAGAAACGUCUGACCUCUGUGAUUGCCAACAAGGGUUUUGCCACCAAGUACUAAGUCAUGUUUUGCAGAGGGGUCAAAUACUUAUUUCCCUCAUUUAAAAUGUAAAUCAAUUCAUAACAUUUUUAACGUGUUUUUCUGGAUUUUUUUGUUGUUAUUCUGUUUCUCACUGUUCAAAUAAACCUACCAUUAAAAGUAUAGACUGAUCAUUUCUUUGUCAGUGGGCAAACGUACAAAAUCAGCAGGGGAUCAAAUAAAUUUUUCCCUCACUGUAUCUUGCCUCAAAAUACCAGAUCUCCUUUUGUGUGUUUGUUUGUCCCCAGUGUGAUCAGCCCCCUGAAUUACACAGCGCUUUGGGGCGCCCCAGACCUCAGUAAUUGCAUUGAUAUCAAUUCCAUCAAAGUGUCAGCAGGUAGGCCUCAGACAUCUUCACACUCUCUUAAAUCACUUUAUUGACUCCACAGCAGAUAAAAUCAAAACAUCUGCCCGAAUGAAUACUUGAGAUGUGUUUGAUCUCAACACGCUGCUCUUAGAGACAUAGAAGGACAGAGAUGCCCACAUAGAUGCAAUUUUAGAGAUACAACGUGUGUAAACACCCUCACCAUGGCAGAGAGUGGGCAGUCAGCAGGCAACUGAUAAUAAGUGUCUAUUGACAGCCCAAGGAGAGCUCUCAUCUAGUUGUUUAUCUGUCUCUGUUCUAACUUUCUCCAAACAGAGAAUGCUGCCGAAGUCGCUGUCCAGCUUGAUGACAUCACCAACAACAAGCUCUCCACAGACGAGGUGUUCAAGGUGGUGGGAAAGGUUAGGGAGCUGGUCAACGUGGCCAAGAUCAACACCCCUCUGGCCAAAACUGUAGUUAGCAUCAUCUCUAACGUGAUGACCAGCUCCGUAUCAGCCCUGGCUGAAGCCUCAGAGACGUAAGAUACUCCUCACUGCUCCCAUUGCCACUGUCUUUCCUCUCCUCAGAACCCACCUCUUACUGUGUGUCCAGCAUGCUGGGAGUGACACAUACAUGAGUGAUGACUAUAUGUCCCAGGUAGAUGUACUGUAUGGUGUCUUUGUGUGGUCUCUUUGUAGCAACCAAACUACCAAAGCACUGUGAGACUCUAGUGAAAGUCACUGCCCAGUCCAUUAUUAUUAUAACCCCUAAAUGUCUCUCUAUCUGUGUGUAGGACAUUGAAGAUGGUGGAUGAACUGGUUCAGAAGAUAGAAUUUGAUGGGCCUACAGAGAACAUAACCUCAACAAAUCUGGCACUGGGAAUUUCAGCCCUCAACUACAGCAAGUUCAAUGGGACCUCCUUCAGUGCCUUCAUACACCCCAACACCACAGACCUCCAGGUACUCACUAAACAGUUAGGGUCAGUGUUAUACACAAGAGUUAUAGAGACAUCAGUAUUAUCUGCUGCACUGUACUGUACUGGGCAGUGUAGUACUUUAUAUCCAGGGACUCCUUGCUCUGCUGUGCACAAAGCUCAUAACAUCCAUACCUGCCGGUUGUUGUUUCAUUCACAGUCAAUGUGCCCUGAGAGUAAAUAGGGGAUGUUAUGCCCCAUCACUACUCCUACUGUGUGUGUGUGCCAGUCAGCCAGUCAGGCAGUCAACCAGUCAGGCAGUCAACCAGUCAGCCAGUUAGCCAGUCAACCAGUCAGCCAGUCAACCAGCCAGUCAACCAGUCAGCCAGUCAACCAGUCAGCCAGUCAACCAGUCAGCCAGUCAACCAGUCAGCCAGUUAACCAGUCAGCUAGUCAACCAGUCAGCCAGUCAACCAGUCAACCAGCCAGCCGGGGCUUCCAGGAAAGCCUUCCUGUGGAAACUCUUGUUCUGUGUUAAAGGUGACUCAUAACCCAUCAGACCUGUUAAGUCAAUUUAACAUAAAUGGCAGGAUGUAUAUUUGUUUAAGUCAUUAAGAGUAUUUUCUGUACCCACAACACCUUCACAACCUUGUGAUGCAAAUGGAGUCCUGUUAUUCAUAAUUAUGCAAGGAUCAUAGAGUUAAGCAAACAUGAUUCAGCUGACUAACAUGCAAGCUGAGUCCACCACAGCCUUCCCUCUCUCUCUUGAUUUCCUGUGUUGUCACUUUGGUUCAUGUAUUUUACCCUAUGCCUUUCCUUUACGUGCUAAUACUGUGUCAAUGCUGUGCCAAUGCUAUGCCAAUGCUAUGCCAAUGAUAUGCCAAUGCUAUGCUAAUGCUGUGCUAGUGCUGUGCCAAUGCUGUGCCAGCAGAAAGGGCACACUUUAAUCAUACUCCACCACAUGUUGUGGAUCAUGUAGAGGAUGUGACAAGGCACGUGUGGUGGCAUGUCAAGGCACGGGGACACCAGAGGUUUGGAAAUGACCUCCAGAUGGUACAGCAGGGAACUCGUUAUAUAAUCAGCAUAAUAGUCAGCAGGCAAAUCAAAUACUGUCACAUAGGAUUGUUUAUGGUAACAAGCUUCUCUCCCACCAGAUUGCCUUUACGUCGGAUCAGCUGAACCCCCUGGCUCAGGUCACACUGCCAGCUACUCUGCUCAAAAACCUGACCCUGACCGAUGCUGAGAUCGCUGCUGUCUCCAGGAUCAACUUCAUGUUCUUCCGCAAAACAGGACUAUUCCAGGUUUAUACCUCUUUUAGAUGGAAUGUACAGUACCAGUCAAAAGUCUGGACACACCUACUCAUUCCAGGGUUUUUCUUUAUUUGGACUAUUUUCUACAUUGUAGAAUAAUAGUGAAGACAUCAAAAUUAUGAAAAAACACAUAUGGAAUCAUGUAGUAACCAGAAAAGUGUUAAACAAAUCAAAAUAUAUUUUAUUUUUGAGAUUCUUCAAAAUAGCCACCCUUUGACUUGAUGACAGCUUUGCACACUCUUGGCAUUCUCUCAACCAGCUUCAUGAGGUAGUCACCUGGAAUGCAUUUCAAUUAACAGGUGUGCCUUGUUCAGAGUUAAUUUGUGUAAUUUCUUUCCUUCUUAAUGCGUUUGAGCCAAUCAGUUGUGUUGUGACAAGGUAGGGGAUAGACAUAAGACAGCCCUAUUUGGUAAAAGACCAAGUCCAUAUUAUGGCAAGAACAGCUCAAAUAAGCAAAGAGAAACGACAGUUCAUCAUUACUUUAAGACAUGAAGGUCAGUCAAUCCGGAAAAUUUCAAGAACUUUGAAAGUUUCAAGUGCAGUCGCAAAAACCAUCAAGCACUAUGAUGAAACUGGCUCUCAUGAGGACCGCCACAGGAAAGGAAGACCCAGAGUUACCUCUGCUGCAGAGGAUAAGUUCAUUAGAGUUACCAGCCUCAGAAAUUGCACCCCAAAUAAAUGCUUAAACAGAGGUCAAGUAACAGACACAUCUCAACAUCAACUGUUCAGAGGGGACUGCGUGAAUCAGGCCUUCAUGGUCGAAUUGCUGCAAAGAAACAACUACUAAAGGACACCAAUAAAAAGAAGAGACUUGCUUGGGCCAAGAAACACGAGCAAUGGAAAUUAGACCGGUGGAAAUCUGUCCUUUGGUCUGAUGAGUCCAAAUGUGAGAUUUUUGGUUCCAACCGCCGUGUCUUUGUGAGACACAGAGUAGGUGAACGUAUGAGCUCCGCAUGUGUGGUUCCCAACGUGAAGCAUGGAGGAGGAGGUGUGAUGGUGUGGGGGUGCUUUGCUGGUGACACUGUCUGUGAUUUAUUUAGAAUUCAAGGUACAGUUAACCAGCAUGACUACCACAGCAUUCAGCAGCGAUACACCAUCCCAUCUGGUUUGCGCUUAGUGGGACUAUCAUUUGUUUUUCAACAGGAUAAUGACCCAACACACCUCCAGGCUGUGUAAAGUAGUCCCCUGUAGCUCAGUUGGUAGAACAUGGCGCUUGCAAUGCCAGGGUUGUGGGUUCGUUUCCCACGGGGGGCCAGUAUGAAAGUGUAUGCACUCACUAACUGUAAGUCGCUCUGGAUAAGAGCGUCUGCUAAAUGACUAAAAUGUAAAAAUGUAAAUGUAAGGCUAUUUGACCAAGAAGGAGAGUGAUGGAGUGCUGCAUCAGAUGACCUGGCCUCCACAAUCACCCAACCUCAACCCAAUUGAGAUGGUUUGGGAUGAGUUGGACCGCAGAGUGAAGAAAAAGCAUCCAACAAGUGCUCAGCAUAUGUGGGAACUCCUUCAAGACUGUUGGAAAAGCAUUCCAGGUGAAGCUGGUUGAGAGAAUGCCAAGAGUGUGCAAAGCUGUCAUCAAGGCAAAGGAUGGCUACUUUGAAGAAUCUAACAUCUAAAAUAGUAAAAAUAAAGAAAAACCCUUGAAUGAGUAGGUGUGUCCAAACUUUUGACUGUACUGUAUCUGAUUUAGUGUGUCCUUUCAGCAUGUAACAGUAUGUUUUCUUUUCUCACGCAUCCUUUUCAUGGAUGGUGACUCAUAUGUCUGGUAUGUAAAUCUAUAGUUAUGAGUGACAUUUCCAGGUUUAUAGCUCUUUUUGAUGGAAUUUAACAAAUUUGGUGUGUCUGUUCAGUGUGUUGUAAUUUAUUUUCUUGCUUCUUACUAAUGCAUGGUGAUUCGUAUGCCUGGUAUGUGAAUUUAUAGAUUUGAGGGCCAUGUUUUUAUAUUUCAAAAUGAAACUUUUCUUUGAUCAUUCUCAGGAUAAACAGGACGGGCUGUCUCUUAACAGCUAUGUUGUGGCCAGCAGUGUGGGCAAUUACUCCAUCAGUAACCUGCACGACCCCGUGGAGAUCGAGAUAGUACACCUGAACUACCAGGUAGUCUACCCGCUCUCCUCUCCUCACCUCUCCUCACCUCUACUCACCUCUGCUCUCCUCACUUCUCCCCUCCUCUCCUCUCCUCUCCUCUCCUCUUAGGUUGGAGUCAUUAAAACUUGUUUUUAAACCACUCCACACAUUUCUUGUUAACAAACUAUAGUUUUGGCAAGUCUACUUUGUGCAUGACACAAGUCAUGUUUCCAACAAUUGUUUAAAGACAGAUUAUUUCACUUAUAAUUCACUGUAUCACAAUUCCAGUGGGUCAGAAGUUUACAUACACUAAAUUGACUGUGCCUUUAAACAGCUUGUAAAAUUCCAGGAAAUUAUGUCAUGGCUUUAGAAGCUUCUGAUAGGCUAAUUGACAUCAUUUGAGUCAAUUGGAGGUGUACCUGUGGAUGUAUUUCAAGGCCUACCUUCAAACUCAGUGCCUCUUUGCUUGACAUCAUGGGAAAAUCAAAAGAAAUCAGCCAAGACCUCAGAAAAAAAAGUCUGGUUCAUCCUUGGGAGCAAUUUACGAACGCCUGAAGGUACCACGUUCAUCUCUACAAACAAUAGUACGCAACUAUAAACACCAUGGGACGGACCACGCAGCCGUCAUACCACUCAGGAAGGAGAUGCGUUCUGUCUCCUAGAGAUGAACGUACUUUGGUGCGAAUCAAUCCCAGAACAACAGCAAAGGACCUUGUGCAGAUGCUGGAGGAAACAGGUACAAAAUAUCUAUAUCCACAGUAAAACGAGUCCUAUAUCGACAUAACCUGAAAGGCCGCUCAGCAAGGAAGAAGCCACUGCUCCAAAACCGCCAUAAAAAAGCCAGACUACGGUUUGCAACUGCACAUGGGGACAAAGAUCGUACUUUUUGGAGAAAUGUCCUCUGGUCUGAUGAAACAAAAAUAUAACUGUUUGGCCAUAAUGACCAUCAUUAUGUUUGGAGGAAAAAGGGGGUGCCUUGCAAGCCGAAGAACACUAUCCCAACCGUGAAGCACGGGGGUGGCAGCAUCAUGCUGUGGGGGUGCUUUGCUUAAGGACAACAAAGUCAAGGUAUUGGAGUGGCCAUCACAAAGGCCUGACCUCAAUCCUAUAGAAAAUGUGUGGGCAGAACUGAAAAAGCGUGUGCAAGCAAGGAGGCCUACAAACCUGACUCAGUUACACCAGCUCUGUCAGGAGGAAUGGGCCAAAAUUCACCCAACUUAUUGUGGGAAGCUUGUGGAAGGCUACCCGAAACGUUUAACACAAGUUAAACAAUUUAAAGGCAAUGCUACCAAAUACUAAUUGAGUGUAUGUAAACUUCUGACCCACUGGGAAUGUGAUGCUGAAAUAAAUCAUUCUCUCUACUAUUAUUCUGACAUUUCACAUUCUUAAAAUACAGUGGUGUUCCUAACUGACCUAAGACAGGGAAUUUUUACUAGGAUUAAAUGUCAGGAAUUGUGAAAAACUGAGUUUUAAUGUAUUUGGCUAAGGUGUAUGUAAACUUCCGACUUCAACUGUAGGUAAAAAAAAAAAAAUAUGUUACCACCCAGUUGAUAAUAUUUUAUUCCUGAUGGUACUUCCCAGUUAAAAUAGAAGGCCUAAGUACAAUACAAAUUGCCACCUGGAACGUCUGCCUGUAGUCAGACAGUGAUAGAGUGUGUCGGUGUCUUUCAGCCAAAGCUAAAGCCAACCUGCAUGUUCUGGGAUUUCACAAUGAAAAGUAAGUCUGAAUAAAAUAUUUUUGAUUUAUUUUAAAGAAAAGAUAUGGCUCCAAAUACAAUUGUAGAAUAUACUGUAUCUUUGUCUACACAAGAUGGUUCAGGUGGCUGGAAUCGUGAAGGCUGCAGGGUUAGUCCUAUGUCCAAUGGAAACAAGACUAUCUGCCUCUGUGACCAUCUCACACACUUUGGCAUCCUAAUGGUAAGACUCGUGUUCAAAAUAACCCAAUUAGAGGCUCUUCCCUCAUGUAAAUGUAACUCUGAAUAAUUUAAAAAAGUUGUGUUUCCUUGUAUAGAGUAAAUGGGCUAGUGUGUCUAAGAUUUUCUGUCUUCUCUGUGAAGGAUAUCUCUGGAUCCGCUUUACAGAUUGAUGAGAAAAACACCAAGAUUCUCACUUUCAUCACCUACAUCGGAUGUGGCAUAUCGGCCAUCUUUUCUGCUGCAACGCUUUUGACUUAUAUUGCCUUUGAGUGAGUGUGUUUCCAUCCAUAUUACAUGUGACCAGGAAAUACUCCUAUAACUAGUCUUCUGAAUCUACGUCACCUGGACUCUUGGUCCUAGUCAUUGGCCAUGAUAUUAUAAGACAACCAGAAUUGUAGUCGUCACAGUGUUAUUCAGUGUCUGUCCUGUACAGGAAGUUACGUCGUGACUACCCCUCUAAGAUCCUGAUGAACCUGAGCACAUCGCUGCUGUUCCUCAACAUGGUGUUCCUAUUGGAUGGCUGGCUGGCUUCCUUCAAUGUGGAGGGCCUGUGUGUAGCCGUGGCCGUCUUCCUCCACUUCUUCCUGCUCACGUCCUUCACCUGGAUGGGCCUCGAGUCCAUACACAUGUACAUCGCCCUGGUCAAAGUCUUCAACACCUACAUUCGGAGGUACAUCCUCAAGUUCUGCAUCGUCGGCUGGGGUAAGUGCCUCUAAAGUUGGAUAAACUAAUUGUUAUACAGUAUGCUGAAUGUGUCAUAUUCUUACUUCCUAUUGAAAUGCAUAGGAGCAUGAAUUAUUUACGCUAUACACUGAAUUUUAAACUUAGUUUGGAUCGUGGUGUACCUGAAUUGUUAUCCCCAUGUCUCACUUCCAGGUCUGCCUGCUGUGAUAGUGGCCAUAGUGGUAGCUUUUGACAAAAACUCCUAUGGGAAAAUUGAGUAUGGAAAGGGGAAGACUGGACAAGGCUCUUCUGAAUUGUAAGUCCUGCAUCAAGUUCAAGAGAUAGGAUAGAAAACAUAAGGUAUGUAGAUGGAGUAUUAGAGUUGAGUAAUCCAAGUGUGUGUUUUCCCAUAUUGCAGUCAUAGGACCAGGACUAAUGUAUGUAUACAGUAUGUUAUAUAGAUCCAGCCUUCCAGCUAAAACAUUUAAGUUAACCUAUGGCAACCAAUAUUACUAAUGCCCCCCCUCCACCUCUCCUCCUCCCAGCUGUUGGAUCCAGAGCCAGAGCCAGGUGGUGUUCUAUGUGACGUGUGUGGGCUACUUCUCUGUCAUCUUCCUCCUGAACGUGGCCAUGUUCAUCGUGGUUAUGAUCCAGAUCUGCGGUCGUAACGGGAAGCGUAGCAACCACACACUGCGUGAGGAGAUGCUGAGGAACCUGAGGAGCGUCAUCAGUCUCACCUUCCUCCUGGGCAUGACCUGGGGCUUCGCCUUCUUCGCCUGGGGACCCGUCAACCUGGCCUUCAUGUACCUCUUCUCCAUCUUCAACUCACUGCAGGGUACAGGGCCUCCCUAUGGUGUGCUGUGCACCCUAAAUAUAGUACACAGUAGUGUUGAUUACUAAUUAAGGAUAAUUGAAUGUUUUGAUAAAAGGUGUGUCUUUUUUAACUCUUGUACAAAGCAGUUCUGUAUUGUAUUAUAUGUGAAGAAUAAUAAGUCAUUGCUUCACUGUCAUGUCAUGUACUAUUUGUUCCACCAGAGGGCUCCUUGGUACGACAUCUGCUAGCUGAAAGCCAAACCAACCCAAGCUCUCUUUUGUUCGUCAUCUCUGUCAUCUUCAUUGUUAUUUAACAGCUUUUUCCUCUAUUGUUCAUCUCUGGCCAACAGGUUUAUUCAUCUUCAUAUUCCACUGUGCACUGAAGGAGAAUGUCCAGAAACAGUGGAGGAGAUACUUGUGUUGUGGCAAAUUCCGCCUGUCAGACAACUCAGGUAAAGAUCUGACAAGAAACAGACAACAAAUAGACUCCUCUUACUCUCAGGUAAAAUAUCUAGCCUGAUAUUCAGAACCGUUAUCAUACUACCAUCAUAUCAGGCUUUAGAAUGAGAGGGGGGAAAUUACUGUACUUGCACAUUGCUAAUAAAAGUCAGAUGUGAUUAUGUGAUAAAGAUUAUAAGAUAAUAAUCUUUUUUUAUAUUUAAUAUUGUCCAAUGUUAAUAGAAUUCCUGUUGAAAUUAAACUCAUUUCUAGUUAGCUGCACAGGAGUCCAGUAAAAGUUCCCUGUAGACUCCAGAUUUCCAAAGUAACAAAGAACAGUGGUUAUAAAACCUGAGAAGUCUUAGCUUUAUAGGCAAUCAAAUACACAGAAACUCCAUAAAACCCUAACCCUGGCCUAACAAAAAGUAACUUCACUCUUUAUAUGAAUUUUUCCCAAAUAAGCAUGUGUGAAAUGUGUCUUGUUGAAUGGCAGACUGGAGCAAGACAGCCACUAACAACACCAAAAAGGCCAGCUCAGACACCGUGAGGAAGUCCCUGUCCUCCAGCUCUUUUGGCUCCAGUACAGCAAACUGGACUUCCAAGGCCAAAGCAACUCUAAACCCCUUUGCAAAGCGCAGCAGGAAUGCAGGUAAGACACAAUGAGAGGGUCUAAUAUUGAGCCACACACAGCUGUUUGUCUACUUUCAGUUGGUCUUUUUCAUUGACCCACAUUUCAUUCAUACAAAAGUUUACUUUUUGUAGUUAUGAAAAGAAGGAUACUUUACUUAACUCUGGACACUUUUUCCUUUUUCCUCUAUUUUUAUUAGCAGGACUGUGUGAAACGUUUAUUUUCUUGCUUUUCUGUGUACAAUAUGUUAUUCCUGGACUACAUAGUGGCUGAUCUCCUGUAUGUAUUUAUGUUUGUGGUGUGUAGAUGUAGCCCACCAAUAGCACGAAGGAGAACCUCCUGAGGUAAACUGAAUUGCAUCAAAGCCAGCCUGACUCCAUGCUUUCUUACAGUGUGAUGUGAUGUUGUGUUAUUGGCCUUUCACCUUUAGAACAUGAAGGCCUGGAUUCAACCUAACAGCUGUUGGUUGCACUUAUCCUUAACACUGGUGUGUCUAACAGAACAAUGCAACAUUUAAUAGUUUGAAAUAUAAAAAUUGUGUGACAUCUUGGAAUUAACACAAUGUUGAGGAUAAAAAUUGGCAUGUGUGCAUUUGGUUUCAAUGCCAAAUGCUAGCUUUGAUGGUUAGAUUGAAUCCAGAUUGAAUGGUGACAUGAAGAGUCUGUAACACAAAGAGCUCUAUUCUGCCAUUGCUCUCUCUGAAGUCAUUGAAAAACAUCUCAAGAUUUUAAUCAAAGAUAAUAUACUAUAACAACAUUGAUGUUUAAUUUGGUUCUAUAUAAAUACAGUUGUAAUUACAUUUGACUGAUCUGACCAAUGAGAGAGUUUGGCAGGUGUGCUCCUUUGCCUUCUCAGUGGUUCUGGAUGUCACUCAUACCACACUAAUUCUGCUCCCCUAGGAUGCCUCUGUUUUCUGCUAGCAGCAAUGAUACCACAGUAAAACACACAGCUUGCAUUUUUAGCAUUCCACUGUCACAUGGGAAAUUGUAGACGUGUGUGUGUGUGUGUGUGUGCAUCCCUGACCCACGGUAUGGAAUGAAGAUCACCCUCACACACUGUACAACCAAAUGCACAAUUCAAGCAUGAUGUUUGUGCCUUAUUACCUGCUUAUACACAGACCUUGUAAUGAUUAGAUGGUGAAUUACCUUGGCUACCUGAGGAUUUUUGUUGUGACCUUCAUUAUUUAGCACGUUUAAAAUCUGAUAUGUUCCGACUGUAGUCAGGCACUAUAGAAUAUCCAGUGAGGGACCGUCACUAUUAUAGUACAUAUGGAAAUGGUUAUGAUGAAGGUAUAGACAUCAAGACAUGCAACAACGUGUUACAACAUGUUCUUAUCAUAAGGGGCUUCAUUUCACAGAGAUCUCAGAUAAUGUGAAAGAUAAUUUGUCAGCAUCCACAUGGAUAGAUACUCCUCUCACUAUUCAUUUGCCUCGCUGAGGUAGGCCAAGGCUUCAAGAGAAAAUCAUUGCGCAUCCAUGUCAGGCGUGCAGUACGUUCUCCUAUUGCUUCCAGAUGUGUGUCUUAGUGAGAUAAUCUGCAAUUACCUGUGAUGUUGUCAUAUUGGACUGAUCCAACGAUUAAUGGCAUCCCCCAGCUAAUGGACUAAUUUAGUCUGACAGCAUAUAAAUCAGUGGGUGUCACAGCCUGAGAAAUUAAGGCUAUCGUGCGUGAAGCACACUGCCAACAAUACCCUAAUUGACAUAGCAGCUCAUGGAUUUAGCAGAAUAUACAUAUUGAUUUAUUGUGUACACACUUUAAAGGCCCAAUGCAGUCGUUUUUAUUAUCACAAUAUCAUAUCAUUUCUUGGUAACAAUUAAAUUGACAAAAAAUAGCUUUUUAGCAAAAAAACUAUUUCUCAACCAAGAAUUUGAUGACACCAGGCAAGCUGAAACUACCGCCCAUGCAAACAGGCUGAUUAGAAGGUCCCGUGUAGAUUGUAUUUUCAACCAGCAACUAUCAGGAAAUAACACUAAAAUUGUUCACAGUUUUACAGUGUUAGUUUCAUCAGCUGUUGUACAAUAUGAUACAAAACACAGGAUAAACUUAAUUUUGACUGCACUGGGCCGAUGACCUUACAUUACUUUACGAUGGACACUUGCAAUGUAGUGAGGAGUAAUGACUCUAUGAGACAAAUUGAUUAUUGGUUUGGUGAAAGAAACUGUUUUGUAGGAUCAAAGUGAGGAUGACAUGUAAUGAUUAAUAUGUGAUAGUGAUUAUAGCUGUUUAUCCCUCAAAUUGAAAGCAGACAUAUAUAUAUAUAGUCAUACAGAAAGUAUUCAGACCCCUUCCCUUUUUCCACAUUUUGUUACGUUACAGCCUUAUUCUAAAAUGGAUUAAAUAAAAAACGUUCCUCAUUAAUCUACACACUACCCUAUAAUGACAAAGCGAAAACAGGUUUUUAUAAUGUUUUACUUAUUUACAUAAGUAUUCAGACCCUUUGCUAUGAGACUCGAAAUUGAGUUCAGGUACAUCCUGUUUCCAUUGAUCAUCCUUGAGACAUUUCUACAACUUGAUUGGAGUCCAUCUGUGGUAAAUUCAAUUGAUUGGACAUGAUUUGGAAAGUCACACACCUGUCUAUAUAAGGUCCCACAGUUGACAGUGCAUGUCAGAGCAAAAACCAAGCCAUGAGGUCGAAGGAAUUAUCCGUAGCGCUCUGAGACAGGAUUGUGUCGAGGCACAGAUCUGGGGAAGGGUAGCAAAACAUUUCUGCAGCGUUGAAGGUCCCCAAGAAUGCAGUGGUAUGGAAGAAGUUUGGAACAUCAAGACUCUUCCUAGAGCUGGCCAAACUGAGCAAUCGGGGGAGAAGGGCCUUGGUCAGGGAGGUGACCAAGAACCCGAUGGUCACUCUAACAGAGCUCCAGAGUUCCUCUGUGGAGAUGGGAGAACCUUCCAGAAGGACAACCAUCUCUGCAGCACUCCACCAAUCAGGCCCUUAUGGUAGAGUGGCCAGACGGAAGCCACUCGUCAGUAAAAGGCACAUGACAGCCCGCUUGGAGUUUGCCAAAAGGCACCCUAAGGACUCUCAGGCUAUGAGAAACAAGAUUCUCUGGUCUGUUGAAACCAAGAUUGAACUCUUUGGCCUGAAUGCCAAGCGUCACGUCUGGAGGAAACCUUGCACCAUCCCUACAGUGAAGCAUGGUGGUAGCAGCAUCAUGCUGUGGGGAUGUAUUUCAGCGGCAGGGACUGGGAGACUAGUCAGGAUUGAGGGAAAGAUGAACGGAGCAAAGUACAGAGAGAUCCUUGAUGAAAACCUGCUCCAGAGCGCUCAGGAACUCAGACUGGGGCGAAUGUUCACCUUCCAACAGGACAACGACCCUAAGCACACAGCCAAGACAACGCAGGAGUGGCUUCGGGACAAUUCUCUGAAUGUCCUGGAGUGGCCCAGCCAGAGCCCGGACUUGAACCCGAUCGAACAUCUCUGGAGAGACCUGGAAAUAGCUGUGAAGCGACGCUCCCCAUCCAACCUGACAGAGCUUGAGAGGAUCUGCAGAGAAGAAUGGGAGAAACUCCCCAAAUACAGGUGUGCCAAGCUUGUAGCGUCAUACCCAAGAAUAUUCAAGGCUGUAAUCGCUGCCAAAGGUGCUUCAACAAAGUACUGAGUAAAGGGUCUGAAUACUUAUGUUAAUGUCAUAUUUCAGUAAAAAAAUUAUUUAAAAAAUAACCAAACAUUUCUACAAACCUGUUUUUGUUUUGUCAUUAUGGGGUAUUGUGUGUAGAUUGAUGAGGGGAAAAAACAAUUUAAUCAAUUUUAGAAUAAGGCUGUAAUGUAACAAAAUGUGGAAAAAGUCAAGGGGUCUGAAUACUUUCCGAAUGCACUAUAUGUGUUUCUGACUUUACUCUCGAUAAGUCAAACCGUUAGUCACACUUUUUCCCAUACAUGGUGAGUUGACAGUGGGGUGAGGAGGCAGCCAGAAGUUCUGUCACUGAAGAUGCCAAAGUCUUUGCAUUGCAAAGCCUGUGUUAUUCCUGAGUUGACCGAUUAAAAUAAUUGAGUUUUGAUGGAUGUUUUUGCUGUGACAUUAUCAAAUGGCAAAGACCAACCAAAAUAUUUCAUCACUUGGCAAACAAAACAAGAAUAAGACAAAAACAGAUGAAAAUGGUUCAAACAUUUUGGCUAGAUACACAGAGUUAUGCAUAGUUGUCCGUUGUGGUGGAAUUUUAAUGUUGUUUGAAUGUGCAUGUGUGUUUAGGAAUGAUUUCCACAAGAAUGCACAGAUGCAUGUGAACUGUUCCUCAGAAAAUAUUGGGACUCAAUUUAAACAGUAACUAGACAUAAACCUAAACCUCAAACAUUUUCCAAGAUUAAGAAACAGGCUGUGUUGCACAGCAAUCACAGGCAAAUCAUCUUCGCAAAGCCUAUGCAUUAGAAUUGUUUAAAAUGAGUGCCACAUAUUCAGCCUACAAUCAUAUAUACACAAUCAUAUAUUGAUUUAUAUCUACUUUGUGUAUGUGCUUAGUGAUGUGUUUUUCACUAGCUUAUUUUUCAAUUUUGGGUCAUUGUGAGUUUAAGAAAAACAAAAAAAUGUGCACUGCAGUAUUGUUGAAGAUAACAAAGAUCAUUGUGUUCUUUCUUAACCAUGACCUUGUCGCUCCUUACCAUUGAACAGGUAAAGGUUACUCCAAUCAGACCAAUGCUAAAAGUGUCUCCUCAGAGGGUGAGGCCUCCUCCUCCUCCAUCAUCCCCGUGCACCAGGUCAUUGACAAGGUCAAAGGUUACUGCUCGGUGCGCUCCGACAACUUCUACAAGAACAUUAUCAUGUCGGACAGCUUCAGCCACAGCACCAAGUUCUAG